CACGUCGUUUCGCCGUCUAUAACGCUAUACAUUUUUGUUUUGGCUCGCAGCUCGUAUGGCGACUGCUCCCGCGAGGAAAGCUAUCGGCAAUACAAUGACUAUGACGCUUUCAUUCGUUUAGUCCCACGGAUGCUUUCAGGAAAAGCCGAUGUUCCCCAACGAAUGGCGAAGCAGACACGGAAUGUGCAUGUCCAUUUCGAAGCCGGACUACCAGACGACGAUUCAACCGACUCAAGCGAUGGCGAGAGCGCUCCGUCAGUCGAGGAAGAGCCGAAGAGCUCAAAUGAGCCGCGUACGUCAUCAAAUCAUGGCAUUUCGAGUCGAAUUCAAAAGCGGAAAAUGCCUGUGCGACGGCCAACAGCCUACGUUUCUGGUAGAGAACCGAUACAACCGAAACACGACGACAAAGAAGCAGCAGAACAAUCAAGCAGCAGCGACACUCCUCCGCCAUCUUCCUCUGAGGGAGCGAAAAAAUCACCCACGUUGGAGCAACGACUUCGAGAGCUCUCCGUUAAAUAUAAGCAACAAGAUCAAUCUCCUGAUCGCGAACCAUCGCCAGCUUUGUUAAAGAAACCUUUCACAGUAGUCAAAAAAUCAUAA